UUUGUAUUGCUUCGACCUUAGUGGGGUGCAGAAGGGGAUAUUUUUGUCAUGGUUUCGCCAGUCACGUGACGAAAAGAGGACACUUGGCUCAGAUCAGCACCAACCAUGAUGGUAAGAAAUUGUGAAAAACAGCUGUUUAAUUGCGGAACUCUUCACCAGUGCAUAAUAAAUUACUUUGAUAUUUGUUCAACAUUCUCUACAGGAUGCGUCGGAUAGCGCAGACAUGCUGGAAGAUGAAAAAGUGAGUUGUGGAGUGAUCUUUAAUCUCGUACCUCAAUGUGGCACUUUUGGGAAUCGAAAAUAGGAAUCUGCUUCUGUCUUGAUCUUUAGAGUUACUGUUUCAAUUUCUUUACAGACGCGGACUCAGUCGGUGGAUUUGAACACAGACACAUCCCUGGUGGUGGAUAUUUCAGACGCACUAAGUGAAAGAGAGCGUGUUAAGUUUACAGUUCAUACGAAGGUAACAAAACUGAGUUUUCGUUUGGUGACAAAUUGAUCGCCUUUGUUCGCUGUUUAACGGCAUUUAAUCUUAUUGUUUUCCAGACCACGCUGCCUGUUUUCAAGGAGAGUGACUUUUCCGUGGUCAGGGAACACGAAGAGUUUGUUUGGUUGCAUGACCGAUACGUCGAAAAUGAGGAAUAUGCGGGAAUCAUUGUAUGUAAUUAAGCUUCUACGUACUAGAAUAGUCUUAAUAGCAGCUAACAUCGAAUAGAGAUUAAUAUUAUCAAUGCUUUGUCAAGAAUGAAAGUCUCAUCGUGCUCUGCGCUUUCUUGUUUUAUUUUCAUUUUGAUUAUAAACAUCAGGUUUGAUUCAGGAUCGCAAAUUUUCUUCAUUCACGUUACAUUACUUCAUGCUCAUUAGACCUACCCCUCCCCUCUUUCCCUGGCCAACCUUUGCCAACAAUAUUGAAAGUGCUUAUGAGCUAAUUUACACAUUAUUGGGUUAAAUGAAAAGGUAAAGAGGAGUUAGUUGGUUGGGAAUGCUGUGGUUACAAAUUUAUUUGAUGUUUGCAUUUUCAGAAUGUGACAGGAGCAGGAGUGUUAAUUUAUUAAGUUUUUCCUCUUUUUCAAACAUUUUUUUUUUCUGUUAGUCUUUGUAUAUAUUUAUGUCUUAAAAAUUCAACAUGGAGCCGUAAAAGUUAUUCCACAGUAAUUAAGAUCAGGUGAAAAUGUAAGCAAAGUAGUGCCAGUUAGCAACAAGACGCAGAAAUUCAUUUAUUGAUGAGAAGACAUUUAUUUUUGCCGGUGUUUCUGUCAUUACAGCCAUAAGGUAAAAUGUAGGAACUCCUAAUUGCUUUGAAAAAAAAAACAAAAAAUGGGAAAAACUAACCAAGGGCUCAGUCAUUGAAAACAUGACCUGCUGUCCAAAGGUAACAAGAUUUCAUUCACUUACACAAUUGUUUCAGCUACAAUUUUUUCCUCUUAGAUUCCCCCAGCUCCUCCUAAACCAGAUUUUGAUGUUUCUCGUGAAAAGCUGCAGAAACUUGGUGAAGGUAAAUGCAAGCUAUUGGUUACUUUUUUCCUUAUCUGUUUUUUUUUUUGUUAUUACAUUGGUGUAUAAUUUUUUAGGGCAGUGUGUAGAGAAAUGUACUUGAACUGGUUUAGCUGCAUUUGCUGGUAAAAUGUUCUUGAAUAAAUUGUGUUAUUCAUUUAAGGUGAAAAUACUAUGACAAAGGAGGAGUUUCAAAAAAUGAAACAAGAACUUGAAGCGUAAGUUUAAGUGCAAUAGUGUUGGUAUAAGAACAUGAACAGUGCGGAGAUAAAGCUGGGUUUAGGUUUAAAAUGGGAGGGUACUGCAAGAUAAUAUGUGGGCUAAAAAGGUAACUUGAGGUUUACUUCAUUUCGAAUUUGAAAAAGUUGGUCAAUUAUUAACUUGCCUGAAUGCUGGAUCUGGUAUGCAGCUCCUGCCUUCUGGUGAAACCCUGGAUAAAGACAAUUUUCUCCCAUCAAGUUAAUAUCUUUUUUUUCUCGGAACUGACAAUAGGGUCCCACAUGUAACUCAAGUUUCAGAAUAAUUGUUAAAACUGUAUAAAAUCUUAAGAUAUAUUUGGAAAAGCUGAAAAGGGGUUUGGAUCGAAAAAAUUGAAGAUCAUUGAAUUUGAUGACACUUCUUUAUGGUUAAGGUGAAAAAUGUUGGCCACGCCUUCAUCAAACUUCACAGGCUAGCUGUGAGAAAUCGAACCAAAAAAUGAAUAACGUGUAACAAAAAUUACCUUUUAAAAGUUAUUUCUUUAAUAGUUAUGUCUUGUUGGCAUUUUAGAGAAUAUCUUGCCACUUUCAAGAAAACUGUAGCCAUGCACGAAGUAUUCCUGACUCGCUUAGCUGCUCAUCCUACUCUGAGAAAAGACAGCAACUUUAAUGUGUUUCUGGAAUUUAAAGGAGAGGUACACUGUAUACAUUUGACUUAAAUAGGAGAUCUAGGGAGACAGUGAGAAGUUAGAUAUCUUAACAUUUCUGUUCUCAAAGAUUAAUCUGAGAUCUGUCACAAAAACUCUGUCAACAAUUUUACCCCCAUCAGUGAUCAAUGAACAGAUUCUCCUCUCAAUUUUAGGACACUGAUAAGCAGACAGUUAAUGGGAAUACAACAGUUUGUCUGGUCUCUAUCUAACUUAAGAUUCUCAAGGGUAGCUUACAAAGAAAUACACAGUUGUCAGUUAGAAGAAUGUAAUCUCAAAUCUGGGGAUUGAACAGAUUAAGACCCCGUAAUUUUUCUGUAAGUGGUAAUAAUUGUUUUUUUUUUUUUAUCCUCAUCCCAGCUAAAUGUAAGAGGCAAAAACAAAAAGGAAAAACUUGGAGGACUCUUCAAAGGUCUGGCCAAAGGCGUUGAUGAAGUCCUUUUGUCAUCACAAAAGGUGGAUAAAACUGAUCACAGGAAAUCGUUUGACUAAAUUGUGAUAACUUAAUAUGACUUACAAGAGAGGUCUUUGUUUUGAACCUAGUAUUUGUAAAUAGUGUUUACCAAAUACUAUUCAUGUCCAAGCAGAGGAAGAGACAAAACCUUAGUAUUGGUGAAAGUGAUGGAAUUUUAUUGAGUUGUAAAGCAGAGAGGAAAAUAUCUACAAUUAGUCACCUCCACUCCGGGAAUAAUUGUUGAUUAUUGAAUGAAAUGGCAAUACAACAGAAAAAAAUGUAAGCACAUCUAGUCUGAGGAAGUGUACCAUAUGUUAUUACAUUUUUGAUGUUGUUUUACUGGAUUAUAUGUUGGUUAAGAAGUUCUCUUUAGAUCUACAACAUUUUAUCCUUCUUCAUUUUAUUCCUGUCACUUUUUCAAUCAUUUAAACUUUUCCUUCUUCUACUUUAGGAUGUAGAUGAGUUUUUUGAGGGUGAGAAGAAAUUUUUAGUGGAAUAUAACAUGAAGUAAGCUUGGUUAUCUACUUUGAUUAGCACUGCUGAACAUGCUUAAAAAAAGUACAAAUUUUGAGACCUCUAGUCCAUCACAUCCUUAUUUGCAACUGACUAUUAGAAGUGACCUUGGUUUUCUUUGCUUUUUUGUUUCUACAGCCUUUGAUUGGUCUUAAAAAAAGUAUUCUGCCACCAUCUCAAUCCAUGUGAUUAAUUUGGUUCUGGUUUAUACAACACUUAAUCCAAAAGCUCUUUACGAUAGAAUACGGUUUGGGGCAACCACGACUAGGGUCAUGUGACUGUACUUGUGAAAAGUUCUACAUGCAUAGAAGGAGUCUGUUUGCUUAUGCUCAGCAAAUAUUUUGAUUUUAUUAGGUGGCAGCACUUCAGAUGAAAUAUUCCAUAAAUGUUUUAGUCAAGAGAAAAGUACUUCUGUCCAGCCAUGUACAGUGACUAGAUUUCAAGUAGAAAAAAAUGGCUAUUUUUUUUUUACUCUAAUUUAUUUCUUUUGUAAUAUAAUUUUCCAGGUUAAAGGAUUCUACUCGUCAAGCAGACCGUAUGACAAAAACUCACAAGAAUGUGGCUGACUCCUUCAUAAGGAUUUCUAGCUGUAUUUCCCAGAUGGGAACCAGUGAAUACAUGGAAAUAGAUCGCUUUCUGAACAAGGUACUUAUUAUCCUAACAGGAUUGUAAUCAAGCUUGUGCUCUUUGUGGAGAUGAGGCUCAAUGCAUAAAACUUGAUGAGAAUCCUAAUGUGUUUUGUUCUAUUUUUCUUAAGUGUUAUCCAAAUUUUAAAUGAUGUUUACAUUUCUUGGAUUGAAAAUGUACAAUAUUUAAAUGAACGCCAUUACAGACUUUCAGAUUAGUAAAGUUGAUCAACAUAAUCAACAUCAUGGAAAUUUUUCCCAAAUGGAUUGCCAAAACCCAACCAACCAACCAAGUCAAAAUGAGACAUGGUUUGAUGCUACUCUGGUUUACAGAUUUAAUGAAUGUAACCGAAGAAGUUACUAUUCAUAGACCCAACAUUUCGACACUCCUGUCUAGUGCCUUCAUCAGGAGUGAUCUAAAGGCUGCAACAAGAGGUCCUUCUAUAUGAUCACUAAUUAGGGGCCUUUUUUUCUGACGAGGUGUAAAUAGGCAUCAGGAAGCAAACCGCCAUUGUCAUGAUUUAAAGGAGCAUCGGCGGAGUUAAUAUGCCAAGCCUCCAAUCAAAGGCACUGGUGGUAAUGCCAAUUAGUGGUGAUAAUUUUAGAAUUAUCCCACCCAAUUGUAUGGUUAUGGUUGUAUGCCCUCCACUAGGGCAUGUGUUUGGAACAUGAUUAUGAUGUGAGCAACCAGAAACAAUUCUUACCCAUCUGAUUUUUCGUCAGGUGUCUGAAUACUUUGAAAAAGCUCGCAAGUUGGAAGGCCGUGUUGCUUCUGACCAAGAUCUUAAAACAUCUGACUUGCUCAGAUAUUAUGUGCGAGACACAGACGCUGCCAAGAACUUGCUCUACCGCAGGGCAAGAUGUUUAGCUGAUUAUGAAAAUGCUAACAAAGCUUUGGACAAAGCAAGGGUGAAGGGUAAAGAAAUUGCUGCUGUAAGUAAUCAUGAAAUUAUUAGAUGUAAAUAAUGUUAAGGUGUGAUAACUACCUUUCUCUUAUCUUUACUCUUGUUUCCAAAUUUGCUGGUUAUCAAGCUUACAUAAAAAUUGGAAAAUUAUCAGUGUGUACAGUUUUUUCUAAUAUUAUGCUACCUGUGGUUGUGAGUUCAGAACUUUCAUUUUUCCGUUUGCAGAGUAGCAGGGAGCAGGGAUAAGAUUGUGGUGAGAGGGCUUGCCUCCCACAGCCAUGGUCUGGGUUUGAUUCCUGGACUUGGCAUCACAUGGGGGUUGAGUUUGUUAUUGGUUCUUGUCCUUGCUCUGACACUUUUUCUGCAGUCAUCUGGUUUUCCUCCCCCCACAAAACCCUGUAUUCCAAAUUUAAUUGGCCUGAAAACAGUGGACAUAAAGAGCAACCUAUAUUAUAAUUUGCUAUUGAUAGCAAACUGGAGGCAGUUACAACUAGCAUCUUGAUAAAAAGCAGCUAGAUUUGAGAAAUCUUAAGAGGAACAUGUGUAAAUUUGUCCCCUUCUUGAAAUAAGGUAUUGUCUUUUUUCCUUUCUGUUUCAGGCUGAAACUGCCCAACAAACUGCAAGUGAAAAAUUUGAACACAUUUCAGAAGUAGCCAAGCAAGGUAACUACUUUCAAUCUUGAUAUACAUUUCCUAAAAUUAUUCUUGCAAAGCAGAUUUCAAGGAAAAUAAAACUAGGAAAAGGGCCAUCACAGAGAAGUUAAAACAACUAGGAUGCCCUUCCUCGUGCACUUGUUUUUGUCGCCUAACCCUCUGAUCCCAAAGGGUGACUAGAAUAUAGUUUCUACUCAUUGUAUCACCAUUUGAAUUAAACAUUGAGGUCGUAAGAAUAAAGGAAAUGAUCAUAAAUUAGAAAAGUUCUUGAUUGCUAAACAAAUUCUCCUUGUCAGCACCUUUGGAAAUGUAUGUAGAACAGUAUGGAGAAUAUGCAUACUGAUGUAAGGGUUAAUCUAAAAAAAGUAGGACCUGAUGUGACCAGUACAGGUCAUGCAGCUUUUUUUCUUCGUCCAAUUAAGUACCAGAUACAAUGGGUUUGUUAACUUGUAUUUUUAACUACAUGUUUUGCUUUCUCGUUAGAACUGACAGACUUCAAGACAAGAAGGGUUCAACAAUUCAGAAAGAAUAUGGUUAGUAGGCAUUUAAAAUAAUGCUUUUAUUUCCAAUACAAUUGCACUGGGACUAGGUCUUGUUGAUUGAGCACCAAUAGAUUUGAUCACUUAAUCUUCAACUCCCAAGAUCUGAUCGUUAAUUCUCACCUCUAUCUGCUUCGUAUUUUCUUGUAAAUUAGCACCAAGAAUUUGAUGUUAGAUCAAGAUAACAACUUAUACCUGAUCAGCUUGAGUAUUCUCAUUACCUGUUUAUUGAAUACAGUAUGGAUUUUGAUGGGAGAAGUUACCAUUUAAUCACUUCUGAGAGUUAAAGGGUUGAUGCAUCAAUUGAAAUACUAACCAUAAGGUAAAAAUCAGAAGCUUACUGUGAGCUUAUCUUAGUCAGAAAGGUUCUUGGGCUGACCAUUGUGGUGGUAUGUGGUGGAUGGGAUAUCAAUAAACUCUCAUGAUAAAGUCAUGCAUGAAUUGUACAGUGAAUCAAAGUAGAAAGACAGUCUAAUAUGCCUCCUCUACUGCCUGUGCUAAAGCUGCUCAAGUAACAACAAUGCAGUGAGUAAGGAUAAAAGUAAUUUUAGAGUGAAAAAAGCUUGCUCUACUGUUCACCACUUAUCAUUUCAAAAUUUUCAUCCUCGUCUAGACUGAACGAGCAGAACUGGAACUCAAACAUGCUAAGGUACUUUUAACUGAGUGAUUUCAAACUUCUGCAGUCAUAUAAAGACAUUCCUUUUCAGUUGCUGUGUCAGACUUUUGUUUCUAGGGUCACUGUUGAUCAAAAUAAAAAGAAUCUCAUUAUAGAAGAAGUGCAAUAUUCCAUCCACCAAGUUGACAAAUUAGUACUUAGGACCAAAGAAAGAAAAGGUGGUGAUAAAUUUAGAUGGGAAUCCAUUGCCAAUUUCCUGUGAUUGAUAAUCAGUUUUUUGCAGUCCCUGUGGGAUUCACCAUUUACACUGAGUUCUAUGGUGAAGCCUUUAUUAUAACUGUUUCACUCUAGGUACACACAUAUUUGAGGUUCUUUUCUAGUUUGGCAGGCAAUAAUGAUGAAUUGCACUGGGUUAUGAUAAAGGAAUGAUUCCCUUUGCAUUACUGAAUUGCUGUCAGUGUGCCUCUCUUUUUUCUUUAGUGAGUGCACCUUUAAAGAUUUCCCCCUAUUUUUCCAACACAGCUAGCCACAGUGACUCUAUUUAAAGCUCUGACCUCAGAUGAUAUCAGAUCAUAACUCUGAGUAAGGAAACAACUGAAACCAUCUCUUUUUUUUUUUUUUUUUUUUUUUUUUAUUCCUCAGGCCCAUAUGAAUCUCCUGAAGACAACAUUAGCACAACUAAAGGAAUUGUAGUCAAGUGCAGUCCAACGUCGAGAUAAUUCUAGGAACACUGUGAUAAUUUCUUUUUGUACUGAUAUAGAUUUGUGUCAAACUUCAAUUAGACUCUUCCUUUCUUUUAGACUGAGAAGUAUAGUUUUGAACAAGUAGCAAACGUCCAAGAUAAAUGUAAUUUUAAAAGUUGAGUAAUAGUCAAUGAAUAUGUUAAAGUUUCCCUCAGUUUUAUUAAUUUCCUGUUCAUUUCUUGAACUGUUGCAGUUAAGGGCCCUGUCAUAUAAUACAGCGGUCAAACAUCGGGCAUGCGCGAAGGGAUCAUUUUUGGCCGCUUCAAUUUCCGCACCAAUUUCCCGCACAAAAUGUUCUAAAGAAAACAAACAGCUGCUUUCUCGAAAAUUAAGCGAAAGAAAAUUGAAGUGUUCAUAGAAAUCUGUAAAAGGAAUCAAAAGUAGGAAAAAAAACUCGAGACUUCGCGAACACAAAGCUUAUUCAAGUUCGGGUAUCCUGUUAAUUUUACCAGUCUUUUUUUUAGCUUUACCAAAAAAGUUAUACGCUUUUAAAACACCGUGGCUUACUGGCUUGUGUGGUUAUUUGUAAUUCGUGUGAGAGAACAUAGUUUUGACAGCCUGACAGCACGCCGCCUAGUCAUUACAACGUUCGCACAGUGCAGACGUGUGACCGCUGUGUUCUCUCAUAUACACCCUCUCACAAGACUGGUUAGUGACAAACUUUGUCCAUUUGGGGAAUUUUAACCCGGUGGCCGAAAAAAGGGUAAUUCUUUCCAACCCAUCUUGCCAUACUUAGUUGGUCAAGUUGAACCUUUUUUUCCCUUUUGGUUCACGCGCUUUUUAAGGAAAGAGAAAUUGAAUGACUUGCAGGCUAGGGAGAUUUUAUCUUAGCUAUCAAAACUGCUAGCUGUUGGCUCAAACUAACGAGUUUUAUCUGCUAGCUAAGCUUGAAUUUUCACACGAGAAAAUUUGUGGCGCAGUCACAGGGUGCUAGUCUAUCAGACAGCAAUUUUUGAAGGCGGUCACUCAGCGCUAUCCCAUUUAUUUAAGGCUGUCAUUAUAGGAAAUCAGAAAGGGCUGGAAGGUUAUUGCUUGUUUUGGGUUAAACUGACCUACCAGUCACGAAUUACCUUUGAUUAUAAAAAGACAGUGUUGCUUCUACGUGUGUGUUUGUUGUAGAUGGUCCUUGAAAUACGUCAUAGAGGACGACACAACGAGAUAUCUAGUUUGAAGGAGCCAUUGAAAUGAUUUGUAUCCUAGACGGAAUUAAGAUGGAAACCUUCUAUAUUUCUUCAUCUUUGAGACUGG